GUUCCCAUUUUCCUUAUGUAUUCAAUCGAAUGCAUCGUCAGUUCGUUGAAUUAGUUUUAUAGUUACUCUUUCAAAUAAUAUCAGUUAAUCAUGUCCCGUAUGUUAUUAGUUCUUAUAUUGACAAUAAUUGCUAUAAAUAUAAGUGAAGGAAAACUAAAAAAGAAGAACACGCCGCCACAUUGUACCAAAGUAACGAAAGAUACAGAUUAUGCAUCUCGAUUUAAGUUGGAUUAUCCCAUAGCCUAUAUCAUACCCGGCCAGCAUGAAGCUUAUCAACCGAUGUACUGCAUCAACCCACCAUCUGUGAACAAGGGGGUCACGGUUGUGUGCGAUUGGGCCGCACCUCCCCAGGUACAAUUUACUCUAGGAGACGAAUACAUGCACGUCGUACGUCAAGAUCCUAGUGGCCGCUUCCUAGGCAACGCCGUCAUUACCACGUACCAGCUCUGCAGUCACAACAUAUCUAGUGAACUAUAUGAUCAAUUUGCUAAUUCUGAUAUAAUGAUAACAGAUUUGUCUUCACCAUGAGGUGGUUAAUUUUUGCUUAAUUUAAAAUAAAUAAGUACUACCUAUAUCUACCCUCGCAUUAUAUAUCUUUUUUUAUAAUUAUAAUAAAAAAAAAAUAUUCAAGACGGAAAGCUUAACCAAUUACGAUUGUAACUAAUUAAAAUUAAACACUAAAAUAUACUUGACUUGUAAUCAAUUAUUUUUUAUUUCCGUUAAAUUGUCCUUUAGGUAUUCGUUAAGUUGAACUAAUGUUUUUUUUUUAUAAUUAAUAGUGGUAUUUAUACAACUAUUAAAGUUUAAAACGUGUCAAAUGUGUUUUGUAUGUGUUUAAAAUGAAGUGGUUGAGUUCUGUUAUAAUUUUAUUGGCUGUAAGCCAUGUAUUAGCGGGGCAUUAUAAAUUUGAAUUCGGCCAUAACUAUGGGAGCGUGAUAUAUCGAUACGACGGAAAUAUUCCAUUUCUCCAAAAAGUGACAAAACACACUAUACCCGUGCCCGCUGGAGUAGAUAUUACUUACGUAUUGGUGACCGUUGAUGCCAUUUCCCCGCCAAAAGUUGAUUUUUUGCCCAAUACCAAUGAAGUUACUAUUACCUUUAAUUGGACACAGUUAAGUCUUUCUUCUUACUCUAUAUUUGUUAAAGGCAUUUGAUAAAAUGUAUGAUAUCGAAGUUUUAAAAAAUAAAAUGUAAUCAUUAUGUUUA